UUUCAGUCUCCAGAGGGUGCUGAAGGCAAGGAUGCAGCAAAAGUAACUAAACAAGAGCCCACAAGACGAUCAGCAAGAUUGUCAGCUAAACCUGCUCCACCAAAACCUGAACCCAAGCCAAGGAAAACCACUAAGAAGGAACCUGGAACAAAGGCCAACAAAGGUGCUAAAGGGAAGAAGGAUGAAAAGCAAGAAGCUGCAAAGGAAGGUACUACACCAUCUGAAAAUGGUGAAAAUAAAGCUGAAGAGGCUCAGAAAACUGAAUCUGUAGGUGACAAGAAUGAAUGAAAUAUCAUGAAAAUUUGGGGUUGAUUUUAUGUACCUCUUGGACAACUUUUAAAAGAUAUUUUUAUCAAGUAUUUUGUAAAUGCUAAUUUUUUAGGACUAUGAUAGUUGACAUAUUAAACUGUAUAUGAACAUUUCCCUUCUCAUAACAGUGCUUUUAGAAAUUCCCAUUGUUGCCAAGUAAUAUAAAUAUCAACUUAAUAUUGCAAGGUAUGUGUAAAAUUGGAUCGGCAUUCCAUACACUUGCUUUAAGAAAUUAAGUCUUGUGCAUAUGGUGAUGUUUUUACUGUGCGUAUUUGAAUUUUUCAUGCAGUUUUUCUAGAGCAAUAAUCAGUGGUGCUUUUGUACUUAGGGUUUAUGUGAUUUUAAUGAAACAUGGAUAGAUGUGGCCACCUGCUGACUAUCUUGGGUUCUUUUAAUGGAUUAAAAUAAAAGGUCUCUUUGCCUGCAAAACUACAGCUUCUAAUGUUUUCUCUAAAUCUGAGGAAUGCCUUACUCGUAUUUUCAGCCAUUAGAAGGAAGACUAAGUGAUAGAGCAAUGAUAGUUUUGCAUGCAGUCUGUUUGAUUUUUCUUUUUUUGCUCAUGUCUGAUUGGAAAUAAAAAAAUACCCAUGCGGGAAUAGCAGGUUGGGAUUCUCAGUGGCCCGCAGCUUAAAUGACUUGGAGUUAUACGUUCUUCAGAAACUGUCAUAGGGUGAGUAGUGCUGAUGUACUCUAUCACGAUUUUGUGGCUAUAAUGAAGCAUCAACACGGAGUGAAUGCCUUGCUGCAGACAUACAGAAGCUGUUAAAAGGAGCUUUGUUUUUGCCCCAUGCCCUUUCUGUUAACUAGAGAAGACUUGCAUCAUAUCCUGUGGAAACCCUUCUUUCUACCUGCAGCCUCAAAUCUUCAUACAAAAUUGCUGUUCUGCUUCAGCUGAGGACAGUUGAUAAUACACUGAAAUCGCUGUUAAACAGCGCUAUAUACUUGGUACCUGGUAGAAAUGGAACAAUGAAUGUUAUUUUUGAGGUGGUUGUGGGGUGAUACAGUGGAGUAGCUGAUGGUUGGGUUUUUUGUUUUGUAUCCAUCUUUCAACUCUGCAGCUCAUUUCUAAGCGCCUUUUAUAAUUUUUCUCCUUCUCUUUUCUCUAGGGGCCCUGGUAUUUUUAUUGUUACUUCUGGGAUGGGAGGGGUGAGAGAAAAGAUGUUCCCUGUUCUUCAGUGAUAUUGAUUUGUAUUGCUCAAGUGGUGGCCAUUAUGUCUGAGGAUACUUCUUGCUUGUUUAAGUCAAUAAAUAAAUGACUGUU